GUUUACUCACAGGGAGCGAGUCACAGACAGACACGGCAGAGUGAGACAGUUUGCUUGUGACUGGGAAGCAAAGCAUCUGGACGUCCAGGAGAAAUGACUCUUCAGGCUACAAGCGUCCCUGACUUCAGCACCACAGCAUUUUAUGCAGACCAGAAUCAGACCAAUGAUACGAGCUGUCCUGAGCCUGAGGCCUGGGGGUGGAUCGUGCUCCACGUGCCGGCGUACAUUCUGACCAUCAGCGUGCUGGGAAUCAUCUUCAACCUCUUUGUUCUCCUGGUGUUCUGCCUCCACAAGAAGCCCUGCACCGUGGCUGAGAUCUACCUGAGCAACCUGGUUGCUGCAGAUCUGGUUCUGGUGUCCUGUCUGCCUUUCUGGGCAGUCAACAUUUCCAACAACUACAACUGGCCUUUUGGACGGUUUAUGUGUAAAACUGUCAAUGUGGGCAUCAAAAUAAACAUCUACUGCAGCAUCUACUUCCUGGUUCUGGUGGGCAUGGAUCGGUACGUAGCACUGGUUCAUGCUAUGUCACACGGAAGAAUGCGACGUCCUAAAUACGCCAAACUAGGCUGCCUGCUGACGUGGGGGUUUGGCCUGGUGAUCAGCAUCCCAGAAUUGCUGUUUAGGGAGGUCAGAUAUUUCACUGAGUACGACAUCCAUGCCUGCUACCUGGAGUACCCCAAAUUCACUCUGCAGAUAGUCUACGAAGUGAUGCAAUCCAUCCUCAUCUUCAUCGUUCCUACUGCAGUCCUUUUGUUCUGCACCGUGAGGAUUAUCCGCGCUCUGAGCCAACAGUCGAUAGAAAGGUUCAACGCUGAGAGGACGGAGAAGAAGGCAACCAUCCUGGUGCUGGUGGUGCUCCUGGCCUUCCUGGUAUGCUGGGUGCCCUUCCACAUCGUCACCAUAUUCAGCAUCCUGGUGGACACAGAAGUUCUUGAGGAAUGUAGCAUCACCUCCGCCGUGGACAUCUGUCACCAGAUCUUCACCUACUUGGGCUUCUUCAACAGCGUCCUCAACCCUGUGCUGUACGUCAUUGUUGGGAAGAACUUCAGAAAAAAAGUCCGGGAACUCAUGAAACAGUGGGGCGUCAAGAGAACGAUGACGUCCGAGUCCACGCGCUCCAACUUAUCCUCCACUCUCAAGACGUUGGUCUGAAACAUCUGCCAAGCAGCAGAGUUAUGAAGGACAGCUGUCGAGAUGGAAACAUCUCACUGGUUCAUCUUCUCUGGUUUGAAGGAUGUUUUCAGAUUACAGCCUGGUUUAUGCUCAGAAACCAGGUUGUCUGCGUGUGUGUCGCAGUUAACGCAGAUAUGCCCCGCCCCCUGCAGACACUCUGCUGUGCCUCUCCAGUAUUGUAUGUGACUGCAGACAGGAGGCCUCUGGUUGGUCAACUCUACAUCUGCUCUAUACUAUGCGUAUUUCCUGUUUGGUUCCUAAUGGCAGAGACUGUAGUGCCAUCCUCAGCGCCUGGCACGCCUGGACUCUAUCCCAGACACUGUGCAGGACGCUAGUUUGUAGCUCUGUGCAACGGUCUGUUGGUUUGCACCUGAAAACAAAACACGCAGCGCCAUGGCCAGUCUUUGGGGAACACUCCAGGGUGAACUGUGUGUCGUCUGACGUUGGAUGAGGGGUUGUAGAUGGUGAACAAGCUCGCCAAAAUGACACAGGGAUGCCCACAAUCCUAGCUAGUUCCUGAUUGGCCCUCUGGCGUUGUGGCGUGGAAUAACACAGCGCAGAUCGGCCUUCAAUAUUUAGCAUAAAUCAAAAAUAUUUGCGUCAUACCUGCAACAAGCUAACUGCGACACACUGCUGCGGGAGGACAACCAGCCCUUAAUGCCUUUAGCUUCACUGGAAAAAAAUAUCUCAUUAACCUACUCAAAUUAAGGGUAAAUACACUUCAUUUAAGACAUUUUUACUUAUUUCUAGAUCUGUUAUAAACUAGAAGCUUUGCUGUGCUGCAGUUAUUUACCGGCAAAAAAAAACAUGUCAAUAGUGUGAUAUUUGUGUCAUGUGAGUAGUUUCUGUGAAAUAAUGUCUGUAAAUAUCAUUUCAACUUAAAUUAAUAGUUACUAAGAAAAAAUAAAAGACAUAAAAUGUUUUCCAGACUGACGACGAAGUAAAUAAAAAACCUCAUAAUCUAAAGCAGAUGGAAAUCGGCUCUGUCUUUGAAAGACUGAGGUCGCUCCACAAAGCAAUUCUCCAGAGUCACAACAACUGCUCGCUCAGACGUCCUGGUGUCUCUGACUCACUCUGUCUGCAGUUACAACAGCUUUUCCAGCAGUUUGUGGUCAGUGCAAACGUCUUCCUCAUUUACUUUUCUGUUGCUGCAGCCGCCUACCAGUGCUGGGUGAGCUUAAUGUGGGCUGUGGGCGAGGGUACACCCAGUCAGGGUGCCAAACAGGAAGGCGAGCAGGGAUGAAAAUAGAGGAGAAAAUCACAACAGUGAUGCAGAAAAAAUAUGUGCAAUCUGAAAUGUUUUCAUGUUUUUCAGCCAGUUCUUUCAGUAAACGCUACAGUUUAAGGGCCACAUUUGAAGCUUUCUAUUCUGAAUCUAAACAUUCUCUUAUAAUUCAACCUGGAGUCCGUCCUGCUCGGGACAGAGCUGGUUCUUUCCUGAUCUCCUCGUCACCUGGAAACUCCAGCCGCCGUAGAGAGGAGACAGGAAGCUGUUGCUUACAGAAGUGAAGCAAGACCAUCCUG